AUGGGCUGGAGGUGGAUCAAGGAGAAGAAAUUGGAGCUCUCGAAGGCAACGACCUUGUCCGCGGUGCCGCAGGCAAGGGGGGCAAUGGAGGCGUUGGCGGAGAUGGUGGCGUCGGGUAUUGUGCGGGAACAACGCCGAAUCGGUCGGGGGGCUGGGGUGACCGGUGGGUCUGCUGGAUAUUGUGCAGGUCGAAGCCCACUUUGUUCUGGCGUGAACGACUGCAAAACGGUCGAGUCCCUAAAGAAUCUACCGGGCGUCAUCUCGAUACGCGCAGAACUCACAUACCUUCUCCGGACGACCCGUUCCCCCACUUUCCUCGGUCUUACCGCACGAACUGGAGCGUGGAAGCAAACGAACCUCGGCGAGGGUAUCGUCAUCAGCGUCCUCGACACCGGUCACUACCCGCGCCACCCUUCGUUCAACCUCAACGAGAUGUCCCCACCGCCCUCCGGUUGGAAGGCUACUGCCUGCCGACGACCCUUUGCACCAACAAGGUCAUCACCGCCCGGGGCUUCAUCAUGGGCAACAAAUCUGCCUCGCCGGUCGACCUCGAUGGCCACGGGUCCGCCCUCCGGAGACUUCGUCCGCAUCGCAGGCGGCGCCAGGAGGGCUUCCGGGAUGGCCCCGCGGGCCAACCUCGCCAUUUACAGAGUCUGCAUUGCCAGGUUUUGUAGGGAGAGCGACAUAGUAGCUGGACUCGACGCUGCCAUCGAGGACAGCAUGGAUGUCCUUUCCAUGUCGUUGGGAAACAGGGUGGUGCACGACGGGGAGUCCGUGUACCAGCCGACAAACUUCUCUUCCAAGAAUCUUCUGCCGCUCGUCUACUGCCCGGGGUCGUUGGCGGGGUUCGACGUUAGGGGGAAGAUUGUUCAGCUCGACGCCGGCAACACAAGUAUCAAGCCGAGGACGUGA